UGAGCCUGGCCUCCCGGUGUUGUUGACACAGAGGAUGUUGCACAUGUUCAGCUCUGACUGCUUCAGAUACAACCCACACUGAUUCUGAUCGCAUCGGAACCGAACUUUGGGCUUUACGCGCUGCUCACCGCUGGCUAGAAUGACGCUGUGAUGGGUUUGAUGGAGCUGACUUGUGUUGGAGGUUUGGGUCGACACCAAACACACCUUCAGGAUUUAUAAAAAAAAAUGAAAAUUCUGCCACAACAUGGCCGGGAGUCAGAAUAACUACUGGGGACAGCAUGAGCUGAACAGAGUGUGCUUCGGUCUGGGCGCUGACAUGGAUCACAACCUGAAGGAGCUUCAACAGCAGCAGAUGGCCAAGGAAUUUAACUCCAACCUCUCUCUCUUCCUAACUUCUGAUAACUUACUGCUGCACCAAGAAGGAGACCAGGUGGUCCCUUCCUCCCAGAGACGAGCGGCGUUCGGGGGCCGCCACAGAGAGGCCAAACCCCUGCCGCCGCUGCCCGACCCCGAGGAGCUCAUGUCAGAUGAAGCGGCCGACAGUGAAGUUGAGUUCUUCACCAGUGACCGACGACGGCUUCUGCCCAAAAGCUGCCCCAAGCCAGUGUGCAGGGGCAGCAGCAGCAGCAGCAGCAGAGACUGUGGACAAGUGAAUUAUGCCUACCAAGAGAGUUCAUUGCGUGCUGUUGGAGCCGGGACGGGCUCCAUAGCUUUCUCUUGGCCGAGCAGAGAGGAGGCAGGUAGAAGAGGCCGAGCAAACAACUGGCCAUUCGACAACCAGCAUGUGGUGUCAGCAGAUCCUUUUGGGAACAAACCGGACCAACACCAAACAUCCAGAAACAGAUUUUCCUGCUCAGACGCCUUCCCCACUGACAAGCCACAGAUCCCCCCUCGCAUCCCCAUCCCUCCCAAACCCGCCGCUCUCUCGAAGACUGCCAUCGAGGACGACAAGCCUCCCAAAAUCCCCCCGAGGGUCCCUUUGGUCCCGCCCUGCCCGCCGCGCACCCCGAGCCCCAAAUGUCUUCCCAUCUACAUCAACGGAGUGAUGCCCGCCACACAGAGUUUCGCUGCUAACCCAGAAUAUGUGAGUAAGGCCUUGCUGAGACAGCAGAGCGAAAGGGCGCCACCUGCCACUCAGUUCUCCCCCUGCAUUGUUCCCAUUUUGAAGGACGGCAGACAGGCCAGCGCCACCCACUACAUCCUCCUGCCGCCGGGCCGACCGGCUCACACCGAGAGACGCGAGAGACUAAUGAGUGAACCGCUCAAGACGGGACACGGCAGCGCCUGGCAGAAAAGAUAGAAACCCUCGGCUCGUCUGAAAAGUACAAAAUUGUGACUUACACCACUAAUAACCACGUGGUAGCCUUUUGUACAGAAUGUGUGAAAAAAAAUAACUCACGUGUUUAAUGUCAUAUUGUUGUUAUUUGCAAUGACUGAUAUUUUGUGUUUGUCACACAGCUGCACUGUGAGGUGUUGUUUUUUUUUUUUCUUUUUUUUGCUUGACCUUUUUACCGGUCAGUAUUUUAGACUUCAACCCAGAACACAUCACAGUAAUACAGUAUUUUCACUAAUAGUGGAGAAAUAUUUACCUCCUAUAACUACUUUUUAAGUUUGGUUCACUGCAAACGUUUUUUUUCACAGGAAAGUUUUAUCAUCACUAGUUUGUAAGUCUGACAGCCGGAUGCUCACAACACUACAACCAGCCUGAGCUAAUAUUAUAAGAGGACAAAUAACUACAAAGGUACAAGCUGGGCUUAUACCAAACUGUUCAUUCCACGUGUGUUAUUUUUAUGACAAUGCUGCUUGAAAAGUAUAAUGUAUUGAUGGAUUUAAUGUUUUCUCACAGUUUGAUUUGAAAAUGAAGAAUAUGACCAAUUUUAAAAUAGCACAUCACAACCAAAACGUCCUACAGUGACGCCAAACUCUUCACCUGAUAAAGCUCAUGUUUUAGAAAGGUUAUGAGAAUAAGGUGAAAGUGCAUUUGGAUUUUUUUUAAAUUUCACUUUAUCGAACUACAUUUUACCUGCAAAACAUCUUCUGUUUUCAUUUUAAGCAUUCGUUUUUUUAUUCCUUUUAUUUAAAGGUACGUCGUCGAAAAGGAUGAAAAUCUGAAACCGACUAAAACCUGCCCUCGGGUCUUUUAUUAAGAUGUAUGAAGAACAAGUCAAAGGUUUUACAUUGAUUGACUGAUCGGCAGCAGUAAUUGAGGCCUUUUAAAUUCAAAUGAGAACUUUUAAUCGUAAUUGAAGAUAAUUGUAAUCAUGGUGUGAAUUCUGCUCGAAUGCCGUGUGCGUGUGGUCAAACGGAGUGCCGAUUGGACCUUUCCUUUCUUUGAGCGUGUGGACAUCAUGUUACGUUUACACUGUUGAGGUGCGGGCCCACUUUUACGACUUUUGUUACAUCCACCUGUUGGAAGUUCUCAUGAAGGUUCUGUAUCGAAUUUGGCCCGUUUGCGUUUUGUCAUGUUGUGUCGGAAAGAAAUCAUAGCAAAAUUGUUUUUAAUCUAUUUAUAGAAAUAAAUAACUUAUUCAUUCUA